AAGUUGUAUCUGGACAAUACUGUAUUGAGGAAUCCCCAGUUUGAGAUAAGUAUUGAAUAAUCUCCAGUUCGAGAUUAAGUUAUAUCUGGAUGGUACAGUAUUGAGGAUCCUUUAGUUCGAGAUUGAGUUGUAUCUGGUAAGACAGUUAAUUGAGGAUACAGAAGGUUAUGUACCUUGAUUGGUACUGGUAUAAAAGGAUUUUUUUGGAGUAGGGCAUUUAUUACAGAAGUGAAAAUAAAAGAAGACAGAAAAUUCUUUUUACAUUUAAUCUGUGUCAUUUAUUUAUUAUCUAAAAUUCAAAGGCUAUUUACAAGUGGUUUCAUUAUGCAUCCCUUUUUUUAGUAACAAUUUUAGCCUGCAUUAAUGUUGCUUUUUAAACUGCCAUUUUUCCUGCGAACAUAAUAAAUCUAAUUAUUUCGCGGACUUUUCUAUAAAAAUUGGUGGAUUUGUAAUUUUUUUUAUAUGCAACAUAUGAACAGGCCACAACCUUUCCUUGGAUUGUAUUUUAAAUUAGGCCUGAAUGGUUCAGCCGUUUUCAUGCUAAUUGGAUACCAAGAAACAGAGAGUCAAGCCAAAAAUAUAUAGAUUAUAGAUUUAUUUUCAGUAUUAUGCGUUUUCCCAGCUAGAAGACACAGUGAAGAUGAACAGUGCAAUUAUGAACGGGGGCGGGGCCUACAAGAUGAUAGAAAUAAAAAAGAUUGAAAGGGGGAGUAUUCCUAUUUCUGCAACCCUUGACCGACAAAUGGGGGACAGACAGAUUCUACAGGAUGGUAUAACCCUUACUCAAAUAUCAUCUGGAAAUCGAACACUCAGACAAAAUGAUAGACAGAUGAAUGACCGGUCAGAGAGACAGUUAGUUCCUAUUCAGCCCUCAGCGGAAAGAUACGAACCCCUAAGACAUACAGAAAGACAGGUUAACCAAAAAGCUGAACGGCUUGACCGGCCUCCUCAAGCCCCUCUUGGAGUCUCAUCAGAACGCUAUGAUCCUAUUCCAAAUCCACAAACACAGAGUCUGCAAAGUAGAAACAUCACAGAACCUCCAAUAAAUGGAUCAGUCGGAGGCAAUGGUGGAGGCAAUGGAGGAGAAGGGGGAGGACAAAAUUGGAGGGUUCCCCCACCACCACCAUCUAGAGAUGGAACAUUACGACUUGAAGGAACUGCUACUCCUCCUCGUCCAUCAGAGGAGAGUAACGGAGUUGCAUUAAUUACUCCUCAAGAGCCAGAACUUUACACCAAGGAAGAUGAGAAGUGGUGGUGGGUGUGCUGUCUUGAAUUCUGUUUUUGUCUUCUCUAGAAAGUCAAAGUUGGAUUUAUCCUAACAUAUUGUGCUGUAAUUAGAAAAACAAUUUACCAUGAGUAUUGAAUAAGUCGAAUGAAAUAUCAUGUUAAUAUUUAUAGAUAUUAUUGAGUCACGUUCUACAAGUGAAAGAUCUCUUUAAAACAUAAAGUAAAGAAAGUGUAUUGCAUAUUUUAACAAUGAUGUAAACAAGCUGUUAAUAAUUUGCCAAAAUGUUAUAAACUAUUUUUUCUAUUAGAAUUAAGCUUGAUGCAGCAACAUAACAGCUGUAGUUUAGUAAAGCUAAGCUAGUGCAGCAACAUAACAACUGUAGUAUUGCUAAGCCAGCGCAGAACUGGAUUGAAAUUUUCUAAACCAUAUAUAAAUGCCAUGACUGGGGUUUCCAGUGGAAAAUUUUUCGAAAAACAUGUGAAUUUUUUUUUCGUAUUUCGCAAACUUUUGCGCGGAAUUUUGUGUAAACAAAUUUCACACAACAAAAUUUUGUAUGCAAUAUUUGCGAAAAUUUUCACGGAAUAAUCACAUUUAUGUUUGCAGAAAAUCCGUAAUUUUUUUCGCGAAAUUUUAAUUUUUUUUCUUCCACAAAAUUUUUAUCUUUUUUCUGCAGAUUGCAAUGCAUAAUUUUGGUUAAACAACAAAUUUUUGCAACACGUUUUUUCCAUUCCUUUGGAAAUCCUGGUCAUGAGGUAGGUCAAAAUGAUAAAUUAAAAUAUGAUUGAGUUUGUAAGAUAUUUGUAAUCCAGACAAAAAAAGCUGCAAGGUACUUUCCAUCCCUUGCAGCACUGUACUGUACUGUACAGUGCUGUGCUGUACUGUACUGUACCGUACUGUG